GUGCGCCGCCCGGGGGCCUCAGGGGCGGGGGAGAAGCGGGCGGCCGGGGCUCCGGUUUCACCCCCUGCCUGGCCCCGAGAAGCGGCGUGUGCACGCGCGGGGGGAGGAGGCUCCGCGCCCAGCCAGGCCUGCAGGGGGAGUCGGCGAGAGACGCUGGCACAGGCACACGGCUCUCCGGCUGCCCGCCCGGACUCCCCGUGGCCGGGGCGCUCUCGCACAGCUCCCCACCCGCCCGCGGGCUGCCAAGCCGCCAGGAAGCCCGGGACGCAGGCAGGGCGGCUGCUGCUGCCGCCGAGCGAGGGGAGAGCAGCGGCCGGUGUCCGGGUCUCGGUCUCCUUCUCCUCCCGCGGGAUCACCAGGCGCCUCCUCGGGGAAUCCUCUCCUCGCUUUAUAUGCUGCCCCCCCGGCUCUGGAUUUAUAGGCAGUUUCCCCCUGCGUAUUCACCCCCCUCCUCCCAGGGACUGCCCGGCGGAGGGCCGCCUCUCCCCUGCCUGACCCAGCUGUGUGCCUUUGGCUCUUGCCAUCCCCUUCCGGGGGCGCCCAGACGGACCCGGAGCCCCCCUGAGCCCCGAAGCGCUAGGGGGCCGGGCUGGCGCAUCACCUGCCGAGCCGCUCCUCACUCUGCCUCUGCUGCGUGCUGGGAUUUGUUGUGCUUUAGUUUGGGGUCUGUCGGCUCGCUCUGAUCCGAGCCGAUUCCGAGAAGCAGCCUCAAGGUAUGAAUUCUCUGCUGCGGUCCUUUCCACACAUGAAUACAAGGAGAGUUGCCAGUUAAAGGAAAAGUGACCAGUGCAGAGGACGACAUGAUCACCAUUAAGGGAAAUGGUCUGGUUGCAUUGCUGGUUGCAGGUUUGGGAGUCAUAGGAAUCUUAGUGUCAGCAGCUACAGAAGAUUCCCAGUGCCAGCGAGCUGAGCACCCUGUUAUAAUGUAUAAAGAAAUUGCCCCCUGGUUAUGUGUGUUCAGAGCAGAGAAUGCUGUGGACUUCUCACAAUUAACAUUUGACCCAGGACAAAAAGAACUUAUUGCUGGAGCAAGAAAUUACCUCUUCAGGUUACAGCUUGAGGAUCUAUCUCUAAUCCAGGCAGUGGAGUGGCACUGUGAUGAAGCUACUAAAAGAGCCUGUUACAGUAAGGGCAAAUCAAAGGAAGAAUGCCAGAACUAUAUCCGUGUGCUUCUCGUUGGUGGUGACCGGCUCUUCACCUGUGGAACCAAUGCUUUCACUCCUAUUUGCACCAAUCGGACGUUAAGCAACCUGACAGAGAUACAUGAUCAGAUCAGUGGCAUGGCUCGCUGUCCUUACAGUCCCCAACACAAUUCCACAGCUCUUCUCACUUCCAGUGGGGAGUUGUAUGCUGCUACAGCCAUGGAUUUCCCAGGAAGGGAUCCUGCAAUUUAUCGCAGUCUGGGGGUUCUUCCUCCUCUCCGCACUGCACAAUACAAUUCCAAGUGGCUCAAUGAGCCAAAUUUUGUGUCAUCCUAUGAUAUUGGAAACUUCACCUACUUCUUCUUCCGAGAGAAUGCAGUAGAGCAUGACUGUGGGAAAACCGUCUUUUCGCGGGCUGCUCGGGUCUGUAAAAAUGAUAUUGGGGGCAGAUUUUUGCUAGAGGACACCUGGACAACCUUUAUGAAGGCUCGUUUGAACUGCUCUCGCCCUGGAGAAAUUCCGUUUUACUACAAUGAAUUACAAAGCACUUUCUUCCUGCCAGAAUUGGACUUAAUCUAUGGGAUCUUUACUACUAAUGUGAACAGCAUAGCUGCCUCAGCAGUUUGUGUUUUCAACUUGAGUGCCAUAACUCAGGCCUUCAGCGGACCAUUCAAAUAUCAGGAGAACUCCCGCUCUGCUUGGUUGCCUUACCCCAAUCCGAACCCUAAUUUCCAGUGUGGUACAAUGGACCAGGGUCUGUACAUGAAUCUGACUGAGAGGAAUCUUCAGGAUGCCCAGAAAUUUAUUCUAAUGCAUGAGGUGGUUCAGCCAGUUAUUCCAAUUCCUUACUUCAUGGAGGACAACAGCCGAUUUUCCCAUGUGGCAGUGGAUGUGGUGCAGGGCAAGGACAUGCUUUUCCAUAUCAUCUAUCUGGCCACAGACUAUGGCACAAUUAAGAAAGUACUUUCUCCAAUGAAUCAGACUUCAAGCAGCUGCUUACUCGAAGAAAUUGAGCUCUUUCCAAGGAGACAGAAGGAACCUAUCAGGAGCCUGCAGAUUCUGCAUAGCCAGAGUGUUCUGUUUGUGGGUCUGCAAGAACAUGUAGUAAAGAUUCCCCUGAAGAGGUGUCUGUUUUACAAAACGCACAGUGCUUGUAUUGGAUCCCAGGAUCCUUACUGUGGCUGGGACAUGGUGAUGAAGAAAUGCACAACACUGGAAGAAAGUCUGAGCAUGAGUCAGUGGGAGCAAAGCAUCACUGUGUGUCCAACCAGGAAUUUGACUGUGGAUGGGAAUUUUGGAAUGUGGUCUCAGUGGAAACCCUGCACCCACACUGAUGGUACUAGUGUUGGCUCCUGCCUCUGCAGAACUCGCUUGUGUGACAGUCCAGCUCCUCAGUGUGGAGGCUGGCAGUGUGAAGGACCAAGUAUGGAAAUUGCCAACUGCUCCAGAAAUGGGGGCUGGACUCCAUGGACUUCCUGGUCACCCUGCAGUACCACCUGUGGAAUUGGUUUUCAAGUCCGCCAGCGUUCAUGCAGCAAUCCGACUCCUCGGCACGGGGGCCGUGUGUGUGUGGGACAGAACCGUGAGGAGAGAUACUGCAAUGAGCACUUGCUGUGCCCUCCACAUAUGUUUUGGACAGGCUGGGGUCCGUGGGAGCGUUGCACUACCCAAUGUGGGGGAGGGAUUCAGGCUCGUCGCAGGAUGUGUGAGAAUGGCCCUGACUGCCCUGGCUGUAAUGUGGAGUAUCAGCCUUGUAACACCAAUCCCUGUCCAGAGCUGAAAAAGACCACCCCCUGGACUCCUUGGACUCCGGUCAAUAUCUCAGACAACGGUGGCCACUAUGAACAACGAUUCCGAUACACUUGCAAGGCACGCUUGCCUGAUCCAAAUUUGCUAGAGGUGGGAAGACAAAGGAUUGAAAUGCGUUACUGUUCCAGUGAUGGUACCAGCGGUUGCUCAACAGACGGACUGUCAGGGGAUUUCUUGCGUUCUGGACGAUACUCCGCUCAUACAAUUAAUGGAGCCUGGUCACCAUGGACUCCAUGGUCUCAGUGCAGUCGAGACUGCAGCAGAGGUAUUCGCAACCGCAAACGUGUCUGCAACAAUCCUGAGCCCAAAUACGGGGGUCUUCCGUGUCUGGGCCCAUCUCUGGAGUACCAGGAAUGCAACAUCUUGUCUUGUCCAGUUGAUGGAGGUUGGUCUUGUUGGUCAUCAUGGUCAAAGUGCUCAGCAACUUGUGGAGGUGGACAUUACAUGAGGACCCGCUCAUGCACAAACCCAGCCCCAGCCUAUGGAGGGGACAUCUGCCUUGGACUUCACACUGAAGAGGCACUUUGCAACACACAACCCUGUCCAGACAACUGGUCCGACUGGUCUGAGUGGUCUGAUUGUGAUUCAUCUGGAGUCCAGUUCCGUGUUCGUCAGUGUAUCAUUUUAUUUCCGGUGGGCAACCAGUGUUCUGGGAACACCACUGAGAAUCGAGCUUGUAUUUUCGAUUCUAACUUCAUACCAGAAAUAUCAGUAGCAAGAUCUAGCAGCAUAGAAGAAAAACUAUGUGGUGAGUUUAACAUGUUCCACAUGAUUGCAGUAGGCUUGAGCAGUUCUAUACUUGGCUGCCUCCUUACACUGCUUGUUUACACUUACUGCCAACGAUAUCAGCAGCAAUCCCAUGAUGCAACUGUUAUCCAUCCAGUAUCACCAGCUCCUCUUAAUACCAGUAUCACUAACCAUAUCAACAAACUGGACAAAUAUGAUUCUGUAGAAGCCAUCAAGGCAUUUAACAAAAACAACCUGAUCUUGGAGGAGAGAAACAAAUACUUCAAUCCACAUCUUACUGCAAAGACCUAUUCUAAUGCCUAUUUUACAGAUCUCAAUAAUUAUGAUGAGUACUAAUGGACUUGUGUAUUUUCUGGUCUUUGGUAACUCCCCAAUCCCCCAAAGCCUGUGCUACAUGACCGCUCAUGUGUUUGAGGCUUCAGAGAUGAAGUUUGGAGACAUUUCAAGCACACUCCAAGCCAUCAGUGUCCCAUUGCUACCAAAAAAACAAAAACACCUGUAUGUGACAUGAUGUUCCCUUUUGCAAGUGUGAAAGGUUGGCCUGCAGUAGGGAGUGUAGAUUUAGUAACUGGACAUAGUGGAAUGAGUCCUGAGGAGUAUAAUCACUUUGUUCGUGUUUAUAAAUGUUCAGUCAGAUUUCUCUAACAUGUUGCAAACUAAUUUUUUGUGCUUUUUAAAAGUCUGUAACCCCCUUGAAGAGGGUGCCAGGAAUAUGACUUCUGUUUCCUUUUGGACAUUGUCUGCUUGUUUCCACUAGGCUUGAGGAGAAAACUCUGCAUCUAGCAGUGGGGCCCUCUGAGGAGUCUUCCUGACAUUAUACUGCCAAAAAAGUUCAUAGAACAUUGAGUAAAUGAUGAGGAGAAAUUUGGCAGCACGGUGUUAUCUUGUAGUAACUCCCAACACUCCGGAGUUAAUCUGCCUAGACUGUGAAGUGUUUCGCCUGGAACUCUUGGAAGUUUUCCAUCUGUUUAGAUCUUGAAGCAAACAGAAUAUACCAAGAGAUAUGCUUCUUGUGACAAAAAAGGGAAAUUUGCAGAGUAGAUGGCUCAAAGUUGUGAGAUAAUUUAAGCCUUCAUCUUGUUUAUUUUAUUUUCUGGGCGGUUACGUUUGAACAUUUUCUGCAUGUGGUUAGUAACCGAAUGUUAUUGUAGUGUAUGGACUUGCAUGACUCAUGGCAUUCCAAAGACCUCUUCUUCUCAGAGUGUGCAUAUGAAACCCAUUGGACUAGUCUGCUGUAGCAUCCAAAAACAUGCCAGUGAGUGGCAGAAACAACCUUACCAUGAUUUAUCCACCACACUCUUUCCUUGACACCCCUGGGAACAUAUGCCUAAUAAUAGAAUUGCUUUUCUUUUCACAAGUCAUUAUUUACACAUGCCUGUUUGAAAACAUCAUCAACAACAACAAAAGGAAGAAAAAAAGUGCUAGAUGUGUUCUGAAAAGCAUUGUUUUCAUCUUCUAGAUGUGUCUGAUCCAUGCUAAUCAACCUGUGCCAGAACCAUUAAUAAUGUUGUUUAAAGUGGGCUUCCUUUGAGUCUCUAUUGAUGUGAUAUUUAACAUACUAGCUGCUUUUGAAGCCGUCACUUUUAAAUUCUUGUGCAAUGGCAGGUGAGAAAACAAUAGCAGUUGGCACCACUUCUCUUGGUCUCCUCUUCACCCACCACAUCUGUAACAUUUGUAUUUUUGGAAGAGAAAUUCCUGCUGUACCAUUGAAGUGAAAAUGGCAGGAUUGUGGGAUAUUUGUUCAGCCCAGAGUGCUGAACUGUGUAUAUCAUAAAAGGACAUUUCAAAGGUUUCUAAACGCUAUUCUCCAAGACUUCCUAAACAAUAUGAAAAAGUGAAUAAGAAGGUUUAAAUCAUUGCCUGUUUUUAAACUAUAUACCAUACCAAGAUUGGCACAUCAGAAAUUUCCAAAGUGGGGGCGGGUUGGGGGGAGAAAAUGCAAAGUGGAGAUGUUUCAACAUGGCAGAGCAUGUUAUCUUUAGAUUAAAGCAUAGAUAGAUACAAAGGGAAACGGUUUGCAAAGGCAAAUGUUAGAAUAUAAUGGUUCAAAAUUCUGAGAAGCAAAUCUAUUAAAAAUGCCAAGGAACAUAGAAUUUUGUGUGAGGGUGUGUAUGAGUGCAUGACUUUAUUGGCCCUGUAACUUAUACGUCAAGAUUCUAGACUGAUUAUGGGGUUAAUUCCUCAUAACAUGUUGUAGUGAGCAGUACCUUUGAAUCGGAAUAGGUUCAAAUACCAUACCGUACGUAGGUUCAGUGAAAAUAAUUAAGAUUGGUUUCCUGUGUUUCCACUGGACUAUUUUCAGUGUUCAUUUAAACUGUCAAUUAAAAAUAAAUCCUCCACCCUCAGACAGGUUCACACCAAAAAAUGUGGUGGCACUAAUCCUCUUUUGUCUAUCAUUGUAAUAUUGUACUUUUGAUGCGUUUCCUCCUAAUAAACUGCCUAACACAUUUAUUUCCCUUAGGAAAGAUGAAAUUACCUUUUCAAGAAAAUUCAGUGGAAUGGGGAGGGGGAUCUUUCCAAAUCAUAACCAGUUUGGUAUUAGCAUCACUCUGCUGCUGCUUCUGCAAAAUAAAACGCUUCAUUUAAAUAGUAUAAAGAAAAUAAAAUGCUGCCUGAAAAAUAAACCAAACAAAACCAACCAAACAAAAACAAAACAAAACUAGAAACCCCACUUUUUUUCCUUGCUUCUCUACUAACAGCAGUGUUAGUUUGGCUUCUGUAUUUUAAAUUUAGCGUAUUAGCUAUUAGGCCCAUAGUUUUUUUUUAAAUAUUUAAAGAAUUGAUCUUUUUAAUUUUAAUCUUUUUAUUAAAAUUAUCUGAAAUGAGUCCAUGUUUUACUCUACAAUAUUUUUGAGGGGUAUAUAGCGAACUAUAUAGAUAUAUUGGCCAUUCCAUGUAUAUUCACUGUAUUAGAUCUGUGAUGGUAAUACCCGUGGGAUAAAUUGUGAAGCCAUAUGACUAACUGCAUUUAACCUUCCCUGCACUCUGUCCACUAAUCCAUCUCCCACAGGACUAUUUCAAACAUUCCAAAUCUAUGAGCAGCUUCAAAAUGACAUCAUUUUUUUAAAAAAAACCUGCCAGAGAAAUGUUUCCUUCUUUUCUUUCAAAUGUGGAAUGUAUUUCCCCAAAUUACCCUAUCCUGCGGCCCAAGCUGGGGCAAUAAUUUGUCCUAUACCACAAAAAGGUUUUAUGUCUGCUAUCUCAUGUUCCUUCAAGGUAAGAAAUGGCAUCUUCAUAUCACUGGAAAGGGGAGAUCCCAAGUUUCCCAGUGGGACUAGUCUUGGAAGAUCCUGAGACAUCAGCCUUUAAAGCUGUGACAUUUUUGUGUGUUGAAAAGUAUUUUGGUUAAUGUAGCGGUAUUUAAAAUGUAUUAAUUGUGUCUAUUUGUUCUGCCUCUGAGAGCCUCAGAGUUACACAUAUGAUAUUAAUGGAGCCUGGCCUUGAAGGCAGAGGGAUACAAAAGUAGUCCCCCAAUCAGAUUUUCUUUUUAAAUUUUUAACCAUUUCUUUAAACAUUUUUGCUCUAAAAUUGGUAGGACACACAUUUUGGUGUGAAGUGGAUUUCUGGCAUCUAAAUACACAUGAAAAUGUUUUUCUUUAGACCAUAAAAGUUUGAAUUUUUGAAAUCCUGUGGACACUUCAAUGCAAUUCUCAUGUAAGCCAGUGGGACUAGAUUGCAUUUGUAUGAGGGGGAAAUUUGGCCCUAGAUUGUUCUUUUCUUGAGAGAAUUCAAGUCCCUGACCCUCUAAUUCCCUCCAGUUCUCUCACAGAUUUUUGACUCUGAUAUAGUUCUCUGUUCUGGAUAAAAUAUUACAUUAUUUCUAAUGUCAGGAUUGGCCAUCUCUAAAAUACUGGUGCUCGCUCAAUACAUUCAUUUUAAAACUUUCUUUCAUUUUGCACUUAUGUUUAAAUGAAACCUAGACUGAAGUUUAAAAUAAAAAUUUCUCCAGAACUGGCCAAAAUAUUUCAACUUAAAUCUGUUUGUUUUUUUCCCCAUGUAAUGCCAGUACAAAAAAAAAAAAAGGAAGAUUGCAACUCCUGGUGCUGUAAAGUAUAUGUUUUCAUUCGAUAGUUCAAAGUAGAGCUUUGUGUGUGUGUGUUUAGACAUUUGGGGCUUGAUUCAAUAUGAGAUACAUGGGAAUAUAUUGCUCAGUUGCUUGGAAAAUCCACUACUGUGCUUGCAGAUUGUGUCUUGUACUUUAAUUUGAAUCUGAAGACCUUUACUUUCAUCUAAGCUUACUUUUAGUGGAAGUGUUUAUUCCAGAUAUCUGCAAUUGCCUGCUGCUGCAGCAGUGUGGUUAAG